AAAAAGGAGUUUUGGCGAGAUGUUCGUUCGACUCAACAACCUGUGAUCCAAGUAGUCCGUAUAGUACAGUCAAUGCAGAGAGAGAAUGGAUGGAUGGAAUUCUCUCUCUCUAUAUAUAUAACAAACUAACAAUCAAUGAAGAAGAAGAUGAUAAGGUAAAAUUCCAUACACUCACGCCUGUCAUAGUCUUCUUUCUCAUGUAUAUAAACACAUUUUUGGAAUAAUAACAAAACACAUCAUUCCAAUUCCAAUCACUACUACUACUACUACUCGCUGCUGCUUUCUGUUCAUGAUUCUGCCGCCCGCUGCCAUUUUAACUUGAGCACACCACUCACUCCUCCCAUUCUUAACAAUAACAAUAAUAAUUGUUACUAUUACUGGGCAGAUCAGUUCAAUCCUUCCUAUAUUAUGCUCAGCGGAACGGCCACAGAGCGGACGCCGUAACCAUAUUCGUUUUUCACUCAGAGAGAGAGAUGGGGUUGCUUUUUGGAAUUUGGUGUGUUGUUCUGGGGCUUUUGGUUUGUGGGAAGGGGUACCCGGAAGAAGACCUGGUCAAGGCUCUGCCCGGCCAGCCAAAUGUUGGGUUCAAGCAAUAUGCUGGGUACAUUGAUGUUGAUUCCAGAGCUGGGAGGAGUCUCUUUUACUACUUUGUUGAAGCUGAACUGGACCCGCCUCACAAGCCCCUCACUCUUUGGUUAAAUGGAGGUCCAGGCUGCUCUUCAAUUGGUGGGGGAGCCUUCACAGAGCUGGGCCCUUUCUUUCCCAGAGGUGAUGGACGAGGUCUUAUAAGAAAUCCAAGUUCAUGGAAUAAAGCAUCAAAUCUCCUUUUCGUUGAGUCUCCUGCUGGCGUAGGAUGGUCAUAUUCAAAUACAAGUUCUGACUACGAAUGUGGAGAUGCCUCAACCGCCAGGGAUAUGCGUAUUUUCAUGACGAAUUGGCUCAACAAGUUCCCUUCAUACAAAUCCAGAGACUUGUACCUCACAGGAGAAAGCUAUGCUGGACAUUACAUUCCACAGUUAACUAUUGCUCUUCUAGACCACAAUCAAUACUCCAAAGGAUUCAAGUUCAACCUCAAAGGAGUUGCUAUUGGGAACCCUCUGCUGAAACUGGAUCGCGAUGUUCCAGCAACAUAUGAAUUCUUUUGGUCCCAUGGAAUGAUUUCCGAUGAAAUUGGUCUAACAAUAAUGCAAGAUUGCGAUUUUGAAGACUACACAUUUCCUAAUCCACACAAUGUGUCACAAUCGUGUAAUGAUGCCAUGGCGGAGGCCGACCGCAUUGUUGGUCAAUAUAUAAACAACUACGAUGUGAUUCUUGAUGUAUGCUAUCCGUCAAUUGUGGAGCAAGAGUUGCGUUUGCGCAAGAUGGCCACAAAGAUAAGUGUAGGUGUUGAUGUGUGUAUGAGCUAUGAAAGACGCUUCUACUUUAACCUUCCUGAGGUUCAGCAGGCCAUUCAUGCAAACCGAACCAAGUUGCCAUAUGGUUGGUCUAUGUGCAGUAGCAUUCUGAGCUACAAUCAAUCUGAUGGAAGCAUUGACAUUCUACCUCUUCUUAAAAGGAUUGUACAAAACCACAUUCCAGUCUGGAUUUUCAGCGGGGACCAGGAUUCUGUUGUACCAUUGCUUGGGUCGCGCACACUUGUCCGUGAACUUGCUCAUGACUUGGGGCUCAAGACGACAGUCCCUUAUGGAGCUUGGUUUCACAAGGGACAGGUGGGAGGCUGGGCAACAGAGUAUGGAAACAUAUUAACCUUUGCCACGGUAAGAGGCGCAUCUCAUAUGGUGCCAUAUGCUCAGCCCUCUAGAGCUUUGCAUCUCUUCAGCGACUUUAUACAUGGGCGGAGGCUGCCAAACACAACUCGCCCCUCCAUUGAUGAAUGAGUCAAGUUCCCGACUUCAAAAUGCAGCUUGACAUUCCUCGUAGGUCUUUCCAUUAUUAAAUGUUAGUAGAUCGCCACUAAAUAUUAGUAGCCCUGCCAUGAAUCAUUUGUAGUUCAUUCCGGAACAUAUAAACAAAGUUUAAUAUUAUGAAGCCAGAUACCCACCACAAAAUUUAAUAUUAUGCCCAUAUACUCGCCAUUAAACUCAACAAAAACCAGAAGUGUACAUGCAUGCAGUUGUGGAUGUUUUUUUGGUAUAGUGUUGACGAUUCAAAUAAC